GGGGCCACAACGCGACGACGACGACGACGACGACGACGAGCAUGAUGAGAUCACAGGGGCCCACUAAAAACAUUCUGCCGUCCGCCAUCGUCUCAUUGUUCCAAAACUUGCCGGGCACAUCAGCCCACACACAGCAUUGGUUGGUUGCCUUGGGCUGUUUUGAUUUUUGUCUAUUUUCUUUUUCUUUUUUCUUUUUUUAUAUCUUCUCGGCCGCCCGCCCAUCCUGUCCCCCUGCCUUGCUUCUGUCUGCACUGCCAGUGCCUCCGGCUCUUUUGCCCAAACAUGAAGCGCAAGGCGGCAUCGCAGCCAGGUCCCAACAGGGCAUCCUCCAAGCGCCCAAAGACCUCCCUUCCAGAGCCUGCAGCAAAGGCUCGCUUCCGCCAAGGCCUCUUCGACCGUCAGGUCCUGGACGCCUACACAAAGGCCUACGCCGCAUCCUCGCCCUACAAGCACAGCGUCAUCAACUCCCUGGUCGACGAUUCCUUACUCCGCAGCGUCCGCAACGAGAUCCGUGACAACGUCAGCUUCACCCCCAAGGAGACCGACAUCUACAAGAUCCACCAGUCCGGCGACCUGGCCAACCUCGAUGGCCUGGACGACGACGCCCUCUCCAAGCUUCCCAGCCUCCUCUCCCUGCGCGACGCCAUAUACUCCGAGGCCUUCCGCAGCUAUGUCUCCCACAUCACAGGCUGCGGGCCCCUGAGCGGCCGCAAGACCGACAUGGCCAUCAACGUCUACACUCCCGGCUGCUAUCUUCUCUGCCACGACGACGUCAUUGGCAGCCGCAAGGUCAGCUACAUCCUGUACCUCACCGACCCGGACCAGCCGUGGCAGCCCGAGUGGGGCGGUGCCCUCCGUCUGUUCCCAGUCUUUGACCGCAGGGGCAAGGGCGGCGCCGUUGCCAAGACCCCCGGCCCUGACGUCGUCAAGGUCAUCCCCCCGGCCUGGAAUCAGCUGAGCUUCUUCGCGGUCCAGCCCGGCGAGAGCUUCCACGACGUCGAGGAGGUCUAUCACCCCGACUCCAAGCUCCACUUGGAAUCCCAGGGCGCCCGUGUGCGCAUGGCCAUCAGCGGCUGGUUCCACAUCCCCCAGGUCGGCGAGGAAGGCUACGUCGAGGGCGCCGAGGAGGCCCAGGUCAAGAACAGCGGCCUGAUGCAGCUGCAGGGCAACCCUGACCAGCACGACGAGCCACAGCCCAGGCCUGUCCCCGCCGGGCAGGCCAAGACCUUCGACGACUUUGAAGAGUCCGACAUCGAGUUCCUGCUCCGGUUCCUCCACCCCACCUAUCUGACCCCAGACACCCUGGAGCAGAUGCAGGAGCACUUUGACGAGAACUCGAGCAUCACCCUGCCCAACAUCCUGGGCAACAAGUUUGCGGCCAGGCUAAAAGACUACGUCGUCAGCAAGGAGGCCGAGGGGCUGCCCGAGGCAAGCGACGCGGUUGAGGGCCAGACACCGUGGAGGGUCGCCAAGCCACCCCAUAAGCACCGCUUCCUGUAUAUGCAGCCGGGGCAGGGCGGCAGGGACAAGGACUCUCCUGUCCGGGAGCUGCUUGAUGAGCUCCUCCCCAGCCCUCAGUUCAGGGCCUGGUUGUCCAUGGCUACCAAUUGCACCAUUGAGAGCUCCGAUAUUCUUGCCCGCCGCUUCCGCCGCGGUCUGGACUACACGCUCGCCACCGGUCAUGUGGGUAAGCCCCGAUUGGAGCUCAAUCUUGGCUUCACCCCGACCUCCGGCUGGGGCGAUGAGGAUGAUGAUGGAGGGGAGCACGAGGUCGAAGACCACGACAAGAGCAAGGCAUCAGAUGGGAGCAGCUCGGAGCCCAGGACAAAGGGCAAGGCGGCCAAGGCCAAGGCCAGGCCCAGGGGGCUGGUGGUCCCCGAGGAGCCCGAGGAGCAGGAGCUGCCCGAGGAGGUGGGCGGCCACGAGGUCUACAUGGCGGGCGAUGACGGCGACGACGAGGACGCUGCGAUCUACAAGUCAUCUGCUGACGAUGACAAUAUCUUGUUUUUCCAGGCAGCGGCUUGGAACAAGUUGACCAUCGUGCUGCGUGACAGUGGAACGCUACGGUUUGUCAAGUACGUCAGCAGGAAGGCCAAGGGGGACCGGUGGGAUGUCAGCGCUUCUUACGACAUUGAAGAGCAAGAGGACGAGGACGAGGACGGCGACCGGCCUUCAAAUGGAGUCUCGCCGGAUGAUGAGUCAGAGGAAGAAUUCCAGGGCUUUUCGGAUCACAACGGUGAUUCCGAAUCCGAGUGAUGUACAAUGGAGAACGUUGUCCGUUGGUCGCGUCUCCGAGUCAUGGGAAUGGUUGAGCAGUGGCAAAAGAUCACGCACGAGGAAAUGAAUAAGUGCACGCGUCUGUCUCGUAUCCGGCCUUUUCAACUCGCGGCCAACAAUCAACCGUACCCCCAUAUGCAAAACAGGACUUGAAUUUAGCAACCUUUAGGAACCGCCGAUCGGGUCGGAGACAGGUCACGGUUCUAUUUUCUUGUUGUGUUUUCUUUUGUCUCUCUCUCCCAAAACGACGUGGGGCGAACGGGGAAAUUGGGCCGAGGAGCCCUGGGGGACGUGAGUUGCUCUCUGGCCGAUGGCGGGUGAAGUGUCCAAUUGCCAUCCUAUGUUGUGAAUUUGAUUGAAUACCAGAUUUGAAAACAAUCUGAUAGGGCACAGAAGCCUAGGCAGUCACAGUUGUGCUGAUGCGCG